AUGCCCGCCGUCUCGCAGGGCUUCGACCGUUUCCUACAUCAGCAAUCCCUCCGGCUGCCCUCCUCACUCCGAGCCGCCAUCUUUGGAGCCCGAGAGCAGUUCUUCCACCCAAACGCAAUUCGGAGCUCCCGAUCCUUCACAUCCUCGGGCGUACGCAGAUACCAGUACCAAUACCAAAGCGCUCUCAAUCAAAAGCCGAGCGUCUUUGUAAACAAUGACCCAGUGCUCCGACAGGUCGUCCAAACCCGACAGCCCGUCCUGAUCUACCAGGCGCCGAAAAGUAGAUGGUACUACGCCAAGGUCUAUGGCGUUGCUGCACUAUGGAUAGGCGUUGGCGCGUACGCAAUAAAGUUCAACGACGACAUCAAGGAGAGGGACCUGGCCUUCUUCGUGCGGCCGACGUAUGUUGUCGUAGGACUAAGCUUCAUCGCCAUUGGCUGCUAUGUCUGUACCGCGCCUACCAACCGCAUGCGCGCCCUCGAGGUCAUGCCGAGUCUGCAGGGCGGUCCAAUGCAGUUACGCAUGACGGUCAGAGCGGCACCGUGGACGAGGGAACGGACUAUAUACUCUAAUCUUGGGGGGGCGACAAUAAGCGAGAAGACGGAGCCCAUGGUGCAGGAAUUGUUAGAGGCGGAAAGAUCAAGGCGCCAAAGCGUGUUUGUGGACCUGGACCACUUGUCUGUUAUGGGUCGCGUCUGGGAAGGAUCUGCGCGCUGGGUGCACCAGAAAUGGACAAACUUCUUCCUCCGAUUCAAAUUUGCCGUCUUGAGGUUCGGCAUCGCGAAGGUUGAGGUACAAGGAGAGAAGUGGAAGAUUGAUUGCUCUGGGUGGUUGUUGGAAAAUGGCAAAGCGAUCGAUCGCAUCAUCCCUGAGGAGUAG